GGAUCAAAAAUGUUGCGCUUCCGCGUUGACAGAAGUCAGUACGCGAACAGAACGAGUCGGAGGAGUUUCGCCAACCUGAGCAUUUGUUUUAUGGGCAGGAGCAUCCCUGCAUCCAGGCAGGAAACAAAGCCGGUCGGAGGUGUAAUGUCAGCUGACGCCCACUCCUCCUGUUGCUGCUGAGCUGUGGACCAUCCUCAUCAUCAUCAUCAUCAUCAUCAUCAUCAUCAUCAUCAUGUCUGUGGGUGACAGCCCUCACCUGCUGCUCGGCAGGAUCCGCUUCCUGAACAGGUGCAUCGAGAGUUUCAGGAGGAGCGAGCCGGUGCCCGAGAGCCUGUGCUACGUCCCCAAAGAAGUGUGCUACAAGAUCUGCAAGGAUUCAUCGUCCAGCUCCUCUGCUUCUUCCGGAGCCKCUGCGGGGGGCUCCACGGUGGGGAAGACCCUCCUGCCAGUCUUUGAGAGUCCUUAYCAGGUUACCCACAACAAGAAGUUGUACAAGUACAACAUUGAGCCAAAGAAAGGGACGUGUAUUCGGACCACGGGGGAAGAAUACUGCAACAGCCAGGGCCUUUGGGUCAAAAUGAACAAGGAGCAGCUGGAGGAGCAUCGUCUGGGUCAGGACCUGGAGGAGGGCUGGAUCCUGGUGUGUAAGCACACGGAGGGGGGCGACAGGUUGGUUCCCGUGGAGUCCCCGGAGACGGUCAGCCGACAGCAGCGGCUCUUCGGCUACGACCACAAACCCUGCGGCAGCUGGGAGCAGGUGGUGGACGUGGAGAACGCGCUCUACAUCGGCGCCAAGCCCAACAUCUCAGAGUGUGACGCCGCCGCCGUCCAGAAGCUGAGAUGUGUUCCUCCCACGUGGACGUACGAAUGUGAUGAGGACCUGGUGCACUACUUUUAUGACCACAUAGGAAGAGAGGACGAGAACCUGGGGAGCGUGAAACAGUGUGUGACCAGCAUCGACGUGUCUUCAUGCUCAGAGGAUCCCAGCGGGGGGGCGAGCUGUCUGACAGAUGGAGACACUGAAACGUACUGGGAGAGUGACGGCAUGCAGGGACAGCACUGGAUCCGCCUGCACAUGAAGAUAGGCACCGUGGUCAAUAAGCUGAUUCUGACCGUGGACUCGACGGACGAUAACUACAUGCCGAAGAGAGUGACGGUUUACGGGGGAGAAGGAGACAACCUGAAGAAGCUGAGUGACGUCACCAUAGACGAUAAUCUGAUUGGAGAGGUGUGCGUCCUGGAGGACAUGUCGUCUCACCUGCCUGUGAUUGAAAUCAGAAUUGAAGAAUGUAGAGAUGAGGGGAUAGACGUCCGGAUUCGAGGUUUAAAGAUCAAGUCGUCGUGUGAGCGAGACCUGGGACUGAACGCCGAUGUUUUCCAGUCCUCUAACCUGGUUCGUUACCCGCGUCUGCAGGGCACGCCGCCUGACGCCCUGUACCGCCGAGCGCUGGUCAUCCAGAGGUUCAUCAGUCUCCUGGACAGCGUGCUGCCACACCUGGUGCCGGCCUGGGACCACAGCCUGGGGACCUUCAACCACAUCAAAAACAUCAAACAGUUCCUGCUGCUGUCCAAACGCCGCUCCGCCCUCAUCUCUCAGUGCCUGAAGGACUCAGAGACCAGCAAGCCCAACUUCAUGCCUCGACUCUACAUCAACCGCCGCCUGGCCAUGGAGCACAGAGAUAAUCCCUCUCUGGACUCCAGCUGCAAGAACACCGUGUUCAACCAGGUGUACGAGGGUCUCAAGCCGUCUGAUAAAUUAGAAAAGACGUUGGAUUACAGAUGGCCCGCUCGAUACGAUCAGUGGUGGGAGUGUAAGUUCAUCGCCGAGGGGAUCAUCGACCAGGGGGGCGGGUUCAGGGACAGCCUGGCGGACAUGUCGGAGGAGCUCUGCCCCAGCUCAGCCGAGUGCCCCCUGCCUCUGCCGUUCUUCACCCGGACCUCCAACCAGGGCACCUUAGAGGCCAAAGACUACUACGUCCCCAACCCGUCCUGCAAGGACUUCCACAAGUACGAGUGGAUAGGUCAACUCAUGGGAGCUGCUCUCAGGGGAAAAGACUUCUUGGUUUUGGCGCUGCCCGGGCUGGUCUGGAAGCAGCUGACCGGAGAGGCCAUCAGCUGGAGCAAAGACUUCCCGGCGGUGGACUCGGUUCUGGUGAACUUGCUGGACACCAUGGAGAACAUGGAUAAGGAGACCUUCGAGUUCCGGUUCGGGGACGAGCUGGUCUACACGACCCCGCUGACCGGCGGUCAGGUGGUGGAGCUGGUCCCCGGAGGCAGCAACGUGUCCGUUCGAUACGAGGACCGGAAAGAGUUCAUCGGCCUGGUGGAGAAGGCUCGUCUGGAGGAGAGCAGGCAGCAGAUCGCAGCCAUGCAGGCAGGGCUGCUGAAGGUGGUCCCCCAGGCGGUUCUGGACCUUCUCACGUGGCAGGAAGUGGAGAAGAAAGUGUGCGGAGACCCGGAGAUCACGGUGGAAGCCCUGAAACGCCUCACGCGCUAUGAAGACCUGGUCCAAAGUGAUCCCAGGGUCCAGUACCUGUGGGAGGCGUUGACAAACUUCACUAAUGAGGAUCGCAGCAGGUUUCUGAGGUUCGUAACGGGGAGAAGUCGUCUCCCCGCGCCGAUCUACGUCUACCCAGACAAACAAGGGUCUGAAACAACCGAUGCUCUCCCUCAGUCGUCCACGUGUUCCAGCAUCCUCUAUCUACCCAACUAUCCAAGCGCUAAGGUUUGUGAGGAGAAGCUGCGUUACGCCGCGUACAACUGUGUGGCCAUCGACACCGACAUGAGCCCCUGGGAGGAGUGAUCCCUCUGCUGCCUCGCCACAAAAAUCACAGCCUGAAAGAAAAAUCCACGACUUUAUCUCCACGUCCUCACCUGUUAACAGUAGCUGUAUAUAAUAAAGAGCUAUGUAGAAACUCC